CCCGUUUGUCGUUCCGCCCGCAAGUCGAGGGUUCGACCCGCUGGCAUCACCGCUUUCAACACAAAUUAUCAUGUCCAACAUCGACUUUGAGACUGCGGUGAAGCAGGAAGAAGACUACCUACGAGCUCUUCACCCGACAGCAGACGACAUCCCAGGAUGCAUGAAGCUGUUCGACGAUUAUCUUCUCUGCCAUAACAUGAAGGCUCAACUCAAGUCGCUCUACCGCUUCGGACACAUGUCCGUAUGUGCUGCCAAGAUGGACGAGUUCAAGUUUUGCAUGAGUCUCAAGUCAUCGCAUCCUGAAGAUAAGCGAGAUGCGUGGAUUAGGCGGCGCGCCGAGUGGUGGGCACAUCGGCGGCUUGCUAAAAGCAGCGAGGACGUGUGGGAUAUCAGGACAGAGCCAUUAGAGAACUUCCCUCCGUCAAGGCCAUCGCCGGUCGUUGACACAGAUAACACUAUUGAGUGAAAUGUAUUAUACCUUUCAUGUUGUCCUCAAACGUCACCAUGUCGCUUCUACAACAAACCUGCAUAUCACUUUACUCAAAUUACCAUGCAAUCCAGCGUGCGUAUAGUGGUAAAAUGUGCAAAACAGCGGCUCAAUGAUCAGUGGUCGCUCAAUGCAUUCUCAGCCCUUUUCGGGAAGGUUCAGGUCCAUACUGUUGUUGAUAACUGAAUGCAAUCUUUAC